GCUCUGAGAAUAUUUAUUUACUUGGCUGGUCACGAAGGGCUUCCUGCAGGGGGUGAUGCUUCAACUGUGACCUGAAAGACAAAAAAGUUAGCAGGGGGGACUUCCCUGGUGGCACAGUGGUUAAGACUCUGCACUCCCAGUGCAGGGGGCCUGGGUUGGAUCCCUGGUCAGGGAACUAGAUCCCACGUGCAUGCCACAACUCAGAGUUCGCAUGCCACAACUAAGGAGCCCGUGAGCCACAACUAAGGACCCAGUGCAAUCAAAAAAAAAAAAGUUAGCAGGGGAAGAGCCUUCAGGCAAGGGCAUGGGAUAGGAAUGAGCCUGGAUGCUUUGAAAAACAGCAAGCGGGGAGGGGAUGAUGAAGCUGAAGCAGAGUGAGCCAAGAGGAGUGUGUUGGGGAGGCAGGCAGGAGUGAGGCCACACAGGCGUCCAGGGAGGUGUGGAUUCAGAAGUGAGGGCAAUGGGGAGCCACAGGAGGAUCUGGAGCAGAGGAGGGUGAGAGCUGACCCAUGUGAUCAUCUGCACAUGUGACUCAGCCUCCACCCUCCUCUAUCUAGAUUCUUCAGAGGGAGACUUUCCUGGUUGUCCAGUGGUUAAGACUCCGCGCUUCCGAUGCAGGGGGUGCGGGUUUGAUACGUGGUCAGGAAACUAAGAUCCCACAUGCCCUGGAGUGUGGCCAAAACUUUUUCUUUUAAUUAGAAAAAAAAAAGAUAACUAGAUUCUUCAGGCGGACUUGGGCAAGUCAUCUCUCCUCUCCAGACCCCGGUAUACUUGUCCAUAAACUGGGUGUAACAGCACCCACCUCCUGUCUCACGGGGGCCACCUGGUGGCAGAGGAGACAAGUGCUUGCCCAGGGAAGAGGCUCAAAUAGGGGAAAUUGAGACACCGAAGUGUUAAGGGCACUAGAGACUGCUGGGCACCUCCUCAGGUCACAUAGCAUGCAGGGAGAAAGUUAGGGUGAGACAAAGUCAUGUCAACCCCUCCUUUGGCCUCUGCCUCUUCCUGGGUGAAGCUUGGGGUCAUCUCCCAGGGUCAGGCAGGCCAGGUUUUGAAUGCUGAAUCUUGGCUCUGUGGCUCAGUUUCUCCAUCCAAAAAGCUAUUGAUAAUGCAUUACCGUUAAAACUGGUUAUAAAGUAUUUAAAGUUGAAUCUAUUAAUGAAACAUUAAUAUUAAAACUACUGAUAAAGCAUUAAUGUCAGAGUAGCACCUGGGACUGCAGAGGAGAUGGAGCCAUUUAAGCAUUAAGUGGGAGAGGCUGGGGAGGCUGCCCACCUAGGCUUGAAUGACCUCAGGCAAUGAGCACACCUCUCUGUGCCUCGGUUUCCCCAUCCACAAAAUGGGAAUAAUAGUCCCCACUUUAUAGAGUUGCUCCGAAAAUAAAAUGACUUUUACAUGCACAGCCCCUGGCUCAGCACCGGGAGAGCAAGGAGUGCUCAGUUCGUACCCAUGUGUUUAACCUUAACCUUCCAUUUUAUGUUUGUGAAUUCAGGAGGACUGCAUCUCUCUGUGUCUCAGUCUCUCCUUGGGGAUAUGAGAACACUGUGAGUCUCCCCCAUGGGGCUGAGGUGGUGUCAAGGUUCCUUGGACCCAGCCCCAGUCUCUCCACUAGACUGAUCCUGGCGGCCUCUAUCCCCUGGGGACCAGCUAUAAUUAGGUCUAGCCACAGCAGCUACAGAUGGUAUUUUUGUCUUGGGGACAGAGAGUCUGAUUCCCACCAGGUGUCCGGUUGCAGGGCCACGGGAACAGAAGGGGGUUCCCAGCCAGACCCUUGAGACUCUCUGUCCUCCUGAGCCCCAGUGUGACUCCUCUGUGAGCCUCCAUUUUCUCAUCUAUACAACAGGGACCAUAGUAUGAUUUGAGAUGUCAGGGGAGGGUCAGGGUCUCACCACUGAAGCCCUGAUCUCCUGAAAUAGUAUCUCACAUUCCCCCAGGAUUGCCAGAAACCUGGGUGGCAUUUGUCUGGGGCUCCCAAAACUAGUGCAGUCCCCUGGGGCAAGGCCCAGGCAGGGGGCUUGUUAUCCCACAGCAGGACACAGCCAGGCCCAUAGCUUCUGCGUGGCCUCAGCUGGGCCUUGGUUGCUUCUGCCUGAGAGGUGGGUGUUCUGGGUCUUGUCUCCAAGUGUGACAUUCUCCGAGACUUGGUUUCCUUUUCUGAAAAAUGGGGCAAGACCACCCAACCCCAGCAUUCUGAGGGUAGGCCAGAUAGUACAGACCCCUGAACAGCCCCCCUGAUACCAGGGGCAAGGCUUCCCUUUCCAAGGGUCCUUCCUGGGGUGGGCGGUGGCAGCUGAAGCUUCACAGGACCGGAAGGCCUGGCAGGAGUGGAGUGCGGAUGUUUGUCCAGUAGAGACAGCAGGAGAGGGGAAACGAUCCAGAGACAGGGCCUGGGGAAUGUCAGAGCAGGUGGAGGUCAUGUGGGGACUUGUGGAGUGGGACAGGAAGAGGGGGAGCUGCCUUGCAGUGAAGACUUGCGUCUGUUACCACUUUUCUCCAAGCCUCAGUUCCCCACCUGACAAAGGAUUUAAGGGUUUGUAGUUUCUGAGCAGCCCCUUGGUGGCUCAGUCCUCGGUUUCUCCACCUGGAAAAUGGGUAGAGGGGUCUUGCAAGCACUGUGUGGGAUCUGGGCAGCCCCUCGGCAAACUUUGUGUCUCGGUGACUCCCUGAUAAUGGAGAGCACUUCCUUUUUUGACUUCUGUAUCUCUCUUUUCAGCCGAGUUAUCAGCUGAGCAAGCUGCACUACUGGGGGAUAUGGUGGCAGAGGGAAGUGGUAUAAAAUGCGGUUUCUGGGCUCCCCCAAAGGGGAAGCAGAGAGUGUCCCAUCUAGCUCAGUGCCUCGGUUUCCCCAUUUGUCCCGGUGAGGGCGUCCCUGAGCGGUCCUGCGGCGAAGGCGGGGCGGGUGCGCCUCCUGCCUUCUCCCCGCCGGGCCCCGCCCCCGUGGUUGUCCAGAAAAGGUCCCGCGCAGCCUGUACUCCGUCCAGCCUCCACGCGGUCUUGGCGAUGCAGGGCCCCCCUGCGACCGCCCCGGCCCCUGUGCCCAGCUCCCCCCGGGGCUCCCCGCGCGGCUCCCCCGGGCUCUUCAGGAAGCUCCUGGUGAACCAGAGCAUCCGCCUGCAGCGGCGCUUCACCGUGGCCCAUCCGCUGUGCUUGGACCUGGAAAAUGGGCUCUCAUGCGGAAGAAGCGCCCUGGACCCUCAGGCCGGGUGUGGCCUUGGCCGGGUCAUCCAAGCCCCUGCCCAGCACAGCCAGAGGCGGGAGUCCUUCCUGUACCGCUCAGACAGUGACUACGAACUCUCGUCCAAGACCAUGUCCCGGAACUCCUCUGUGGCUAGCGACCUACAUGGAGAAGACGUGAUUGUGACACCCUUUGCCCAGGUCCUGGCCAGUCUGAGGACGGUUCGGAGCAACGUUGCGGCCCUUGCCCACCUGCAAGGCCGCGGGGUAGCCAAGCAGGCAUGCGUCGGGAACACCCCAUCUGGCAGUCAGCCCCCUCCACCAACAGAGGACACUGGGCAGAAGCUGGCUUUGGAGACAUUGGAUGAGCUGGAUUGGUGUUUGGAUCAGCUGGAGACACUGCAGGCGCGGCACUCGGUGGGGGAGAUGGCCUCCAACAAGUUCAAGUGGAUGCUGAACCGGGAGUUGACUCACCUGUCUGAAGCCAGCCGCUCUGGGAACCAAGUGUCUGAGUACAUAUCCCGAACCUUCCUGGACAAGCAGACUGAGGUGGAGUUGCCCAGGGUGACCCCCACGGAGCCCCCAAGGCCCAUGUCCCAGAUCAGCGGCCUGCGUGGACUCCACCACAGUACCAGCCUUUCUGCAGCCACUGUCCCACGCUUUGGGGUCCAGACUGAUCAGGAGGGGCAACUGGCCAAGGAGCUGGAAGACACCAAGAAGUGGGGACUUGAUGUGUUCAAGGUGGCAGAGCUAAGUGGGAACCGGCCCCUCACAGCUAUCAUGUUCAGCAUCUUUCAGGAACGGGACCUGCUCAAGACAUUUCGGAUCCCAGCAGACACACUUGCCACCUACCUACUGACACUGGAAGGUCACUACCACAACGAUGUGGCCUACCACAACAGCCUACACGCCGCUGACGUGACCCAAUCUACACACGUGCUGCUGGCCACACCUGCGCUUGAGGCCGUGUUCACUGACCUGGAAGUCCUGGCUGCCAUCUUUGCAAGCGCCAUCCAUGAUGUGGAUCAUCCUGGGGUCUCCAAUCAGUUUCUCAUUAACACCAACUCAGAGCUUGCACUUAUGUACAAUGAUACCUCCAUGCUGGAGAACCACCACCUGGCUGUGGGCUUCAAACUGCUGCAGGCAGAGAACUGUGACAUCUUCCAGAACCUCACCACCAAGCAGCGGCUGAGUCUGCGCAGGAUGGUCAUCGACAUGGUGCUGGCCACAGACAUGUCCAAACACAUGAACAUCCUGGCUGACCUCAAGACCAUGGUGGAGACCAAGAAGGUGACAAGCCUUGGAGUCUUGCUGCUAGACAACUACUCUGACCACAUCCAGGUCUUGCAGAGCCUGGUGCACUGUGCCGACCUCAGCAACCCCACCAAGCCGCUGCCGCUCUACCGCCAGUGGACAGACCGCAUCAUGGCUGAGUUCUUCCAGCAGGGCGACCGUGAGCGCGAAUCAGGCCUGGACAUCAGCCCUAUGUGCGAUAAGCACACGGCCUCAGUGGAGAAGUCCCAGGUGGGUUUCAUUGACUACAUCGCCCACCCACUGUGGGAGACGUGGGCUGACCUGGUACACCCAGAUGCACAGGACCUGCUGGACACUCUGGAGGACAACCGCGAGUGGUACCAGAGCAAGAUCCCCCGCAGCCCUGUGGACCCCACCAGCUCCAAGCCGGGUGGUCCCGACAGAUUCCAGUUUCAGCUGACUCUGCACGAGGCAGAAGAGGAGGAGGGAGAGGAGGAGGUAGCAUUGGGUGGGGAGGCCUCAGAGUCACCUGACACUGAGCUCCUGUACCCUGAGGCCAGCCCAGACCCUGGGCCCCUAUACCUGGACAGCCAGAGGACCGUGGGCAAGCCCUGUGUGGACCAUGAGGGCAAUGUGAUGGCUGAGACUUUGGGCACCUAGUGGCCCCUGAUGGGUGGGUAGACUUUCCAGGAAGAGGUCCCAGGUGGCCCCUGCUUUGCCUUCCCCACCCACUGAGGGAGACAAUCAGGCUUUUAGCUACAGACAGGUCUCAGCGUUGAAUUGGAGGCAUCUGGCGGGAUCCGUUCUGACCCUGAGCUCAGCUGAGAGAGCUCUCCAAGGAGCUGGGCUGGGGGCAGCCUCUUCCAGGGCCCUUGAGUUCUCCCUCCUGGACUUCAACCCUUGGUGUAGAAAGGGAGUAUCUGCCAGGCCCCUUGUCCAUCUUCUCCAGUGGUCACUCUUCAGCCACGUCCAUCACUUUAUUCUUUCAUUCUUUAUCUGAUAUUUACCGGGUACCUACUGUGUGUCAGGCCUGUGCCUGUUAUGUGCCUCUGGGGUAGCCCUGCACAAGGAGGUGGGAGUCAGCCUCAAGGAGAUGCCCCCUCCCCUAGACACCUCCCCUUCAUCUGCAAGGCAGCUCAUUACAAGAGAACAAGAACUUGAAUGGGAGAAUUCUCAGCACCAAAGCUUCAUCCAGACCCAAUUCUGGCUCUGGAGCUCUGGUGGGGGGUGAUAGGGGCCAUGAAAGAGAGGGCUGUGUGUCAGGAACUGUCUCUGAAGACUGAUUUAGCCUUCAUUGCUUGUGCACUGGCUGUUGCUUUAAGUUGCUGUGGUUUCCGUCUUAAGGUCUAAGGAUCCUAGUUCUCCCUGGUCCCAGGACCCCCUGCUGGCUCCCUUAUACUUUCUCCCUCUCUAGAACAGCAACAAAAGCACAGACUUCUCCCCCACGAAAGGUCUCUCCAUCUUCUGAUUCUGAGGCUGUCUCAGAUUCCCCGUAGGGAAAAGGAGGCCUCUGAUGCUUUCUUGUGAGUCACAGCCCCUUCUGGGCCUCAGUUUCCCCUCCAUGGCCUGAUCCUUAGUACUUGGGUAAACUUUGGUUGGAGGGUGGUGUUUGUGACCUCCCUGAAAUAUCUUAGAAAUAUGGGGCAUUCUCUGGGGUUAAAUAAACUCUAUCACCCAUAAUUAGUACCGUGCCCAUUUCACGGAUGGGGAAACAGGAGCGGAGAGGUCCUGUGGGCUGCGGGCUCAAGGCCCUGGAGCUGGGGGGUAGACGUUAGCCAGCGGCGCCCCCUGGUGGCUGGGGGCGCAGCGAGGAGGCGGGGCGAAUUCGGGGCCCUUCCUCGCUUUGCCAGAAGUCUCUCCCGCACCCAACUUGGUUGAGCUCACCCUGAGGGUGCGGGCCUGGCGCAGAGCAGGUGAGGCGGCUCUGUGCUCAAGUCUCAGAUUCAAUUUCCGCUUCCGGAGGCCUCAGUAUCCCGCCAUCCCACCCCACCCCCCACCCCCUAGCCUCCCUCCCCGCGUGUCUGAUGAUUUAUACAUGGCACAAGUCAUCACAGCAGGCCCUGGCUUCAAGAACAGCAGGCUUCAUUCCUAAAUAAUUUCAUUAAUAAUUUAAUUCCAUUGAUGAUUCAUCGUCAUCACAAUUAAUUAUCAAAUUCCACAGAGGGAGAAUUAAAGGGCAUCUGGAUCAUGAACUUGGUGCAUUUCCUUCCACACUUUUAAAAGGCAGAGAUUUAUGGGAUUUUUAAAGGCAGAGAUUUAUGGGAUUUUUAUUUAUAUAUAUUUUUUAUCCUUUCCCCCUUGCAAGUAAUACAUGUCACUGUAGAGAAUCCGAAAAUAAUGGAAACAUGUAAAGACGAAAAUAAAAUUCUGCUGUAACCUCACCCACAGAUCAUCUGCCUUCAGCAUUUCACCUUAUUUCCCUCUUUUUUUCUCUACCCAUUCAUAAGAACACUCAUAUGUCCCCCUUCAUUUUGGGCCACAGGUAUUCCUCCCUCUUCCCCUUACUGACUGCACACUACCCACA